AGUUUCAGGUGGCCGCAGUCAGAAACACAGAGCUGGAGCUCCCGGAACAACACGAACCACAAAAGUAACGUGUGAGGAGAAAGACCGCGACGCGGGGGGAGACAGAGAGAAGAGACCACUUCAGCCUGAAAGAGGGGCCGUUUAACGUUUUAACGACUUUUUUUUUUUAUUAACGCGCUCAUUCUCGUGAAGACUCGCCUCUUCCGCCUCGGACUCCUCGCUGUUCACUUCAGCUCACGGCUAACUCCACACUGUGGACGCGUCUGGAGCCAUUCACGCUGGAAAGACGCCGAACUGUGGGAGAACUGCUUCUGACAGCCUUCCUAUGAUUCGAUUUCAUUGUGUGUUGGAUGCACUUCUGCCCGAGUGAUUGAGAUAUGGAUGACCCUUUUGAAAGUUUAUUUGAUUUCUGCUGACUUUCGAUGCGAGCUCUUAAAAUAUGCUCAAAGGCAAUGAAGUGCCACGUGUGACCAAUGCCUUUCUGAAACCUCUUUCCUAAGAGCCAGCUGACUUCAUCUGCUUGAAUAAGAGAAUGAUCAAAGCAGCCACUUGAUGACGUAAGCCUCCUAUUGUUGUAUUGACCUCCAUUUGUUUUUAAUUGCUUGGACUUACCUUGGAGAGAGAACUUUUGGAGGAUCCCAAGAGGCACCUGCCUCAUCUCUGAAGCAUUUGUGAAAUUCUACUCUCAUGUUCAACAAUACUUCAGCUCCUGCUUGUGGAAUUACAUAGCCUCCCAUUGAUGAGGCACUUCUAAUUCAAGGAAAUAAAACCUGCUUCAUCAAGAGACUUUCUUAACUGGAAGGCGGACCCUUAUUGUCCAAUGGCAUGGGUAAAGUUCUUCAGGAGACCUGGGGGCAAUCUUGGCAAGGCUUACCAGCCGGGGUCUAUGCUAUCCCUGGCUCCCACCAAGGGACUGCUCAAUGAGCCAGGACAGAAUAGCUGCUUCCUUAACAGUGCAAUACAGGUGCUAUGGCAGCUUGACAUCUUCAGACGGAGUCUGCGACAGUUGCCCACCCACUACUGCUUAGGGGACUCCUGCAUCUUCUGUGCAUUAAAGGGAAUAUUCUCUCAGUUUCAACACAGCAGAGAGCGAGCACUACCCUCAGACAACUUACGGCAUGCCUUAGCAGAGACUUUUAAGGAUGAGCAGCGCUUCCAGUUAGGCUUCAUGGAUGAUGCUGCAGAAUGUUUUGAGAACAUUCUGCAGAGGAUUCACCUUCAUAUUGUUCCUGACGCUGAAGCGGAUUCCUGUACAUCUCAGUCCUGUAUCACACACCAGAAGUUUGCCAUGACACUUUAUGAACAGUGUGUAUGUCGAAGCUGUGGGGCCUCGUCUGACCCUCUGCCCUUCACCGAGUUAGUGCAUUAUGUUUCUACCACAGCCCUCUGCCAACAGUUCUUUGAGAGGAGAGAUGAAAGGCUGCGCUCUGACAUGUUUGGGGAGCUGCUGCAGGCAGCCAGCACCAUUGGAGACCUGCGCAACUGCCCAAGUAACUGUGGUCAGAGGAUCAAGAUUCGACGUGUGCUGAUGAACUCUCCUGAGAUCGUCACUAUUGGUUUUGUGUGGGACUCUGAGCAGUCAGACCUGACGGAGGAUGUCAUCAGGUCACUGGGGCCAAACCUCAGCCUUUCAGGGCUCUUCUACCGUGUCACAGAUGAACAUGCCAAGAAGAGUGACCUGCAGUUGGUUGGAAUGAUUUGCUAUUCCAGUAGACACUAUUGUUCCUUCGCCUUCCACACAAAGUCUUCCAAAUGGGUCUUUUUUGAUGAUGCCACAGUCAAAGAGGUGGGCACUAGGUGGAAGGAUGUGGUUACUAAAUGUAUCCGAGGACACUUCCAGCCUCUCCUGCUGUUCUACUCCAACCCUGAGGGCAGUGCAGUGUCCGUAAACGACGCCUCUCUAUCUACAAACACUACUAACAAUCACAAGAGCCCUGUCAAUGGUGACGUCCCAGGCACUCCACAGCCGGGCAGUAAGAAGCUGGAAUUGACCCGAGAGAACCUCGCUGCACUAUUGUCGGGUCAUGCCACUUUAAAGCAGAAGAGCCAGCCCCUGUCUGCAUUCAGCCGUGGCAGCAACCAGACCAGCGGUGGCAGAGGGCCAGUGAAGAUAAGUAGUGAUCCAAAGGGUUACUUCCGAGAGCUCUCCAGAGGGAUGGCAAGAGAAGCCCGCAACAUCAAUAUUAUGAAGAAAGACUCUGACAGAUCACAGCACAGGCCAGAAACACUGAGAGACAGAGAUGCAGCCUCAGACAGGACCUAUUCACGCUCGCUGUCUCCUCCUGAGAAUGGAUUCAAACAUGUGGAGUCACGAUUCUACAGCAGUCAAGGCAGGGGCCCAACACGGGCAGAGCGCCCAACCUAUACAAACAGCCGUGCAGCACACCCGCCACGAUCACACUCCCAGCCACGCGUCCCUGUCCACCCUCCGAGGGUUGACCUCUCCAAUGGUUAUGACACAGACAGCAGUCAGGAUUCACGAGAUCAGCCCAAUGGAGCAUCGCGCAGCCGCCGCCCCCGGGCCUGGAGGCCUAUGAGAGAGGCCCUGAAUGUAGACAGCAUCCUCAGCAAUGAUGAUGACCGACCUCUCCCCGGCCUGCGGCGACAGACCCCCAGACAGGACAGGACACACUAUGAGUGCGAUGCAGCUUGGUCUGGACGAGAAGAAGGCAAAUCAAAAAGUUUGAUGACCAUUUAUGAAGACGAACAGCGGCUCGAGUUGGGUAGCCGGAGCUCCCUGGACUCAGAAGGCCGUGAAAAGGAGAGAACUAAAGGUACAAUUAACAGUCUCAACGUAAGAAACGAUAACUGGAAGAUCCAGCGAACAGAGUCUGGCUAUGAGAGCAGUGACAGGCUCAGCAACGGCUCAACUAACUUGGACUCUCCUGUGGUGGAGAAUUUAGGCAGCAAAGAGCUCCGGCCCAUUCCUGAGGUACACAUGUCCAGGGAACUGAAUCACCUUCGGAGGUACGAUGAAUCAAAGGCAGACAUCUCACAGACACCAGUUUCCUACGGCAAACCUGAUAAACUUCAGUUGAGUCCCAGCAUUAAAAGACGAGCUUUUCAUAAUUUGCCUGCUAAUUUGGAGAGAAUAGAAAAAUCAGCAGAUGAGAUGGACGAUGGCCCAGUGUCUCCUUUCUUAAACAAAACUAGCAGCUCUGAAUGGAACAGCUCUGAUGACCUGGCUGGUCCUUUAUCUGAGCAGGAGGACGCGUUCUCUCGCACUGAUGAUACAGCUCCUUUUGUUCUUCAGCAUCCCUUCCAGAGUCCUCACCAAUCCUCAGCUCCACCACUGCCCCCCAAAACUCACAUUCUAAGAGUGGAAAACAGAAGGGGCCUGAUCCACAACUCUGCUGCGUUCAUACCCCGAUCUCCACCUCGUAAAGGAGCAACUUUGUCUAGUAGGAGUCCUCAGAAAUGGCUAGAGAACUCUAUUGAACCAAACAUGCACUCCUCAUCAGACUCCAGUUCCAAAUCUGGUUCUUCUGACCAGGAAAGGAAUGAUUUGUCCACCAGUGAGAGUGAGGAGAAGUGCCCUACAAUGUCUAAGCCUCGGCUUGAUUCCCCCACUACAGGAGACAGUGCAAUCCCCACCACCUACUUUUCUGUUGAUGGCUGCAUGACGGACACUUACCGAGCAAAGUACCAUAAGAAAAGGCCUGCUCUUCAUAUGAACACAGAUUCUAAAUCAGGAGAACACACGUCGUCUGGAGAAAGCGAUCAUGGGGAAAGGGCUUCUCCAGCACCUUCAGACAUACAGAUCCCAGAGCUCCUCAGAACAAAGCAAGAAACAGCCCAAAUCACCAGUAAACCGAUAGUCAAAUGGAAUCCUGUUUCUAUGAAAGGAUUGGAUGAACACGGCUUCCUAUGACAUCAAACGUCAGUUCCUGUGGACAUGAUGGUGGAAAUGUGAAAUUCAGAGAUCUAAUGCCAAAGAGAUUGAUUGAUCCUCCAAGUAGAUACUGGAGUGGAUUACAUUACAUUCAUUCAAAGAGCAGUUCUAUGGCAGUACGAAACAUUUUACUGGUGCACAUGAGCCAUAGGAGAAUGAAACUGUACAUGUAGGUUCGCUCCAGUAAUGUUUUUGAAUAAUGUGAGCCAUUGAAUGUAUCAGGAUGCAGUAAACUAAAACUAGGACCAAGAUCUGGAUGAUCUGCUGUGUUUGCACCACUGUACUCAUUGAGGAUUACACUGCAUUUGGAUAAUUAUACACAUGGAGAAUAUUUCCUUUGUGACAAAUAGUGGAUUUCUUUAGAAUGGUCAAUGAUUUGGGUUUUGUUAAUUUUUUUUUUGUAUUGAUGGCCAUUUGCAAAGGUGAAGCAAAUACUGCUCGAUGGCCUUCCUUCCUGAGGUAUUUUAAUAUUGGACCUACAUUGUUUUUGUUUUGAAAUAGUUGGCUCAAAUUCUCAAAUUUUAGAAUGGAAACAUGUAUUUCCAAAAGGAAACACUACAUGCCAAGGCAAAAGCAUUCUUUACUUUUAAUGCAAGUUAAUGUGAAAUGAUUUCAUUCCAAGCUAUAUGUUGGAGCAUCUUUAGUUCAGUUAUCAAUUUUCACACAAGGACAGCUGCCGUGCUCAAAUGUAGGGGGAAGGAAAAAAGUUUUUUUUUGUGGCAGCAACAAGAUGUUAAGUCUAGAUACACUAAGCCAGUCUAAGGCAUGUAUCAGUCUAGCAUUGAGUAAAUAAGAAAUAUUGGUGUCUCAUAUCUGAAGACAUAUAGGUUGAAUUUGGAGGUAUUGGCGGGUAACAGUGCAAACUCUCACAGUUCUACUGUGGCUACAGUCCAAUUAAUUUGAAUAAAUACUACACCUCUGUUAGAAUGGUUCAAUUUCUUUGCAUUUAGAUGUGGUGGUCUCCUUAAACUGGCGAAUUUGCACAUUUUUUGACAAAGUUCACGAGCAUCCCAACAGUAGAUACCAUUGGUUCUUAACCUCUUUUGUGUGCAAAUAUACUAAGUUGUACAUAAAUUCACAUUUGGCGAUGUUGUCUUAAGACGGUCUAAAAUAUUUGCUUGUAUGUGUUAAGUUUUUAAUUUAGUCCUAAAUAUAUGGGUACAUUGUAUUGGUUUAUUUGAAUGUGAUAUACUUUUUGGUUCCAAAACUUAUGAUGUACAUUUUUCAUAUUUUAUUUUUGUUACAUACAAUUACAUUUUGUACAUUCCUAGGCAGACACUACUUACCAGUGCCUUAUUUUGUAUGUAAACAGAACUGAUAUCCUGAAUAAAGCUGAUUUAUUUGUAAUUAUUAAAAAAUGUUUUAUAUAAGAUGAAUUCAUUUCUAUUGAUUAACAACUGUUAAAUAAAAAGCUUUUCAUUUGAUCA